CCCAUCCCACCAGUGCCAGAGGAGGGACGGAUGGAGAACUUCACGCCACUGUCCUCGGGGCAAAAAAUGGUGUCCGAAACACAAGGUAGCGCCUGCCAGGCCUCCUUUCAGGAUACUUCAUUACGAAGCAGCAGGAAUUGACCCACAGAUGUGGCUUCUGCAGUGACUUUAACUGAUGAAAUCAUGCUCCCCCAAAUGAAUGGAUGGGUUUCUUGCUUCUCUUUCCUCCUGUUAUGUACUUAUUACAUGGCUGCGGCAAGAAAUGCAAAUACACUGCUAGAGCUGAGCCCCCAGGAGUAUGUCAGUAGCUUGCAGCCGGGAAGAGCAUCCCUGGUUUAUUUUAGUCGAGAUGUUUCUCCAGGUGUCCGUCUGUUUCUGGAACAGCUAGAGAACUCGGUCGGAGCUCUUCAGGAUUAUGGGAUUUCAGUGGUGAAGGUUAAUUGUCUCAAAGAAGAUGUAUCAAGAUAUUGUGGGAAAGAAAAUGCCUUAAUGAAAGCAUACCUGUUCAGAGGUAACGUAUUGCUCAGAGAAUUCCCCACAGAUGCCCUGUUCGACGUGAAUGCCAUUGUAGCCAAUACCUUGUUUGCCCUUCUCUUUAACGAAGUUAAAUAUAUUACAACGCUGGUGGAGCUUCAGAAUCUAGAAAAUUCUCUGAAGGGAAGAUCAAAUGUCGUCUUUGCCUAUGUGCCAGCUAUUGGAACGCCAGAGCACAGAGCAGUAAUGGAAGCUGCUUUUGUAUAUGGUACUGCCCACCAGUUUGUUUUAACCACAGAAGCGGCGCUGGCGAAGGACAUUGGCCAUGAAGAUUCUGAUGUAUUGUCUGCUCGACUCUUCUUCUGCCAUUGUCAGCGGGUCCCGGAUCUGACCCAGCCGUGUAGGAGGACUCCCAUGGUGCAAUCACUGGCCACGCUGAACAUCCACACGUAUCUCAAACUGAUGGCAGCACCCAUUGUGACUGAAGUUGCUGAAGAUCCAGAAAAGGUUUCAACUGUCCACCUACAGCUCGGUCUGCCACUGGUAUUUAUUCUCAGUCAGAAGGAGACCUAUGAAGUUGAUAAGAGAACUGCUGAGUUUGUUGCGUGGCAGCUGCUGGGGAAAGCAGGAGUUGCCCUCUUGUCAAGGGACUCCGUACAUCUGAACGUUCUUCUCCAGUCUAACAUAGCCCUCAAGACAGCAGAAGAGGGUGCGCCGAUCAAAUACCUGGUUUUGGAAGACACUGAUGAAAUAAUAGCCCUUGUGGAAGGCGAGAUAAAGGGCGAACAGAUCCAGGAAGAUGAGGAUGAAAGUGACAAUAAUGACCAGGACAUUCAAGAUGACCAGGUGAUGGAAGCGGUUUACAGAGACAGGAAGCGAGAACUCCCUUUGGAACUCAUCCGUACCCUGACAGAAGAAACUUUUAAUGCUGCUCUGAUGGAGAACACCCACAUGGUGGUGCUAUUCUAUGCCAGUUGGGAAGCGGUGUCUCUGGCGAUGUUGCAAUCGUAUGUAGAGGUGGCCAUUGCGUUAAAAGGAACCCAAGGAAUUUCGCUUGCCAAAGUAAACUGCUGGGACUGGCCUGAUGUCUGCAUGAAGCAGAAUGUCACUCAAUUUCCCAUUACCAAGAUGUAUGAGAAGGGAGCAAGGUCACUGACUUACACUGGCAUGCUCGGAACAGCAGAGCUGCUCAGAUUCCUGAGGCUAAGCAGCAUUUCCUGCCCUGUGAAGCUGACCACCAUUGAAGAAGUGGAUGAAUAUUUAAGCGGGGAAGUCCAUGCCGACUCGUCGUCUUAUCACAGCACAUCAGUUCUGGGAAUAUUUCACCCUCGUAUGAAAGCAGCAAGGGAAGCUUUCGUCGAAGCAGGAAACAUGCUCAGGGGAUAUGUAACAACAGGACUGUAUGCUGAAGAUGAUGCGUUGGUUCUGGCCCGUAAAUAUGCCGUGCCUCUUCCAGCGCUGCUUCUAGCUAGGCGUGAAGAUCACAGAAUAGAUAGCGUCCCGCUAUCAAAACAGAGUGCACCGGACAUAGUUCAGACAAUCAGAUCCCAAUUACUGGAAACAUUUCCAGAAAUCACAGUGGAAAAUCUCCCUGACUACUUGAGCCUGGAAAAACCCUUACUCAUUUUGUUCAACGAUGGAGGCCUAAAUCGAAGAGUGAGACUGGAAAUGUUGAGUUUGGCGAAUGGAAAAGGCCACGAGGCGUUCCUCGCUUGCUGGAUGAACCUGAAAAAUACUCCUGUAGGCCGAGGAGUCCUGAAGGCAUAUUUCAGCACUCCACCUCCUCUGCCUCUUCUUGCCUGGGUGAACCUUCAUUCCGGCGGUCAAGUAUUUGCAUUUCCUUCAGACCAAUCUGUCACCGAAACGAACGUCUUGUCUUGGCUCGAGAAAUUAAAAGCCGGGCUUGAGAUUCCCAGCACUACCUUGUCUGAUGAAGCCUGGAAGCCUCCUCUUCCUGCUUACAAUUUCUUACGCAUGAUGGAGGCCACCCUGCCUGAAUUCACAGUGCACACAGUUUAUAGUCGUGGUGGUACCGAUGACCUGCAGCAAGCAGAAGAGGUCUCUGAAGAGAAGUCGACGGUCCGAGAGGAGCAGGUGGAAGAACCGGGGCUGGAAGCAGAGAAAGGCCAGUCACCAGGGAGAGACUUGCGUGGCACGGUCCCAAGGCUCGUAGGAAGAGAGAAGCCGCCCAAGCGACACACGGAGCUGUGA